AUGCAGAGGGCAGUGAAGAAGACAAGUUUGACAUGUCAGAAGUCAUUCUGUCGAGGCAGCGGCGACGUCGCCAGCGGUAGCGCAGACGGCCACACCUUGGGGGAUAGCAGACAGAAGGCCUUGACCAAGCCGACCACUGGCCGAGAGGUGUUUCACACAGAAUCCCUACACAAAGUGGCCGGGAUUACUGGACGAUCAGAUAAAAGAUCAUAG